CGACAGGCAGGGUUUGAGGUUCGUUCGGACUCGGUCGAACUCGAUAGCCGAAGAGGGGGGUACUGUUGUCAUUCGUCAGGGCUGUGUGUCGAGCUUUUGUCCAGGAGAAAUGGCUGGGAUUAAAGCUCUCAUCAGCCUGUCUUUUGGAGGGGCCAUUGGCCUCAUGUUCCUCAUGCUAGGAUGUGCCCUCCCUGUGUACGACAAAUACUGGCCUUUGUUCCUCCUCUUCUUCUACAUCCUGUCUCCCAUCCCUUACUGCAUCUCGCGGCGGGUGGUCGAUGACACAGACUCUGCCAGUAACGCCUGCAAAGAGCUGGCCAUCUUCCUCACGACGGGCAUCGUCAUCUCAGCCUUUGGCCUGCCCAUCAUCUUCGCACGAGCUGAAGUAAUUGCCUGGGGGGCGUGUGCGCUCGUGCUAACGGGUAACAUAGUCAUCUUCGGGACCAUCAUGGGCUUCUUCAUGGUCUUUGGAUCCAACGACGACUUCAGUUGGCAGCAGUGGUAAAACAGCAGAGGGAGGGGGACCUUAGUCGGAACUGUUUUUAUUAGCGUUACAAUUAUUAUUAUGGUAUUACUGUUUGGUUCUUGUUGUUGUUAUUUAUAUGAUGACCGCCCAUCCAUAGACUCACACCAAACCAGUGCAAUACUUUCUUUUUCUUCUUCUUUUUUUUGUACCGCCUGCAUCGUAUUGAACUGACACAAGUGGGAUGGAAAAUGUUGACUUUCCGUUGGAUUUUUACUCAUUUUAGCUAUGCUCUUUUGACUUCUAUGUUUUAGAAUUUUUCUCAAUUUGUUUGUUUCAUUUUGAGCAUUGUAGGCUGAUGAACGCUGGUGAACAACUGCUUAUUUUAUUUGUGAAAAAAACCUGUUACAAUGAAUCCAAUUGAAUGUCGAACAAGGCCCAACAUGUCUUGGCUCCUUUCUCUAUUUAGUAGGCACUCCGAAAAGCUCUGGAAGAAUCUUUCUCUACACGGACAGUACAGAUGGGGGUACAUUUCCAGGCAAAGUGCUGAGUUGAGUGUAAAUCAGCAGAAUUCUGAUAGUAGAUCUGCACAGUCAAGCUCAGAUUUCACCACUCAAGAUGAGGAAAAGCUCCGUUUCCAUUUGGCUCGAGUCUUAUUAGAUUGAAACUGUGUUUUUUUUUCUCACAGCAGGUGAAAAUUCAGCUGAUAGCACGCAGACUUUUAAUAACCUGUCUGCUAAUGUAAUGCUACCAUCGCUAAGCUGUGAAAGCCUAGAAGAUCAGUGUGUGUUUGUCAGAGAGCUGGGCUGUUACUGCCACCAACCCUUCUCAUCAUUCGAACCAUGUUACAUGUAAAUGUAAAUCAGUUGUCUUUCCAGCAUUAUGUUUCUGUUUGGUACCAUGAUGAAAAUACGUAAUAUGUUAUCUCUUCAGUUUAUUUAAUAUCUGCAAUCCGUAAAAGUCAUUUAUUAUCACGCACUUAGAGGAUAGGAUUUAUCCAAAAACCGCAGAGAUCAAAUUAAACCUGACUGGGUGCCACCUGGAUGCAGGCUGCUUAUUCACUCUUAUUUUACCUCACUCUAUGUAAGGGUAAGCGUCGCCGGGUCAGGUCAAGAAAGCAUGAAAAGCCUUUAGUAGCCAGCUAGCGUAGGAUUAGCUUGAGAACAGCAGCCUUGUUGGAAACUGAGCCAAGCUAAGAACUAGGUGACUUAAAAUAAAUAUAUAACCAAGGCUUGGUCAGUCACUAACAGCCCUUAAGCUUUUAAAUGUGACUCCUUCAAAAAAAGAAAAAAAGAAUCUUAGUAUUCAUGUAUUUUUCUCUAGAAGCACAUUAGGUCCAGAUUUGGCACACAUGCCGUCACAUUUCCUCGCACCAGCAUUUCCAUGAUAAAAACACAGUUCUGUUUUGAAGUGUUUCUAUGUUCUCCGGCCUGUGUGAAGGAAAUAUGUAAAUUGGGUUGUGUAAUCUGUCAGCAGUUUACAGCCUGCAGUCAGUCAGGUGCGGCUCUCCUGUUUAACUGCAUUAGUGGUAGCUAAACAAGGAGUUUAGCAUCCGCUGCCUCGUAAAGCACUGGUAUGUUGAGUGUUGAACGUUUCCUUUUAGAUGUUGAUUUUAAUUCUGAUUUUAAUUCAGUUUUUUGGGGGUUUUGUAGAUGGUUCAGUUUGAAUAUAUGUGCCCUCUGGAAGAUCCAAAACAUAUUUUUAAUUCUCAACUUAUGUGUUGUAGGCCAGCCCAGCAUGUACUUUUACCUUGGGUUUCCAUGCACAGCUGAUUUCCAUUCAAUGUUGAAGACAAGCUCUUAAGUAAAUUAACACUCAUAAUAUCCACACUUUCUGUCCCACAGUAUAAUUUCCACAUUCAGAAUCCCUUCCCUUCCCCCCCCAGAUUUUUAAAACCACAGAGAAAGAAAUAGUUUUGGGAAAAAUCUUGUUUGCUUUUCUUUUAAGCCUUAGAUAAAAAUCUUGACACCACUCUUAUACAGUACGUGUGUGCUAAUGGAGCUAUGCACGGGAUUAGCCUAGCUUAGCAUAAAGACUGGAAGCAGGGGGAGACGGCCCUUAAAUCACCUCUAAAGGUUUUCUUCAACACUAUUCUGUUUUUGAAUCCCUUCACAAACAAAUAUAUAAAAACUUGACAAAAUGACAUUGUUGGUCAGAUGGAUUUAUGUGCUUUCAGUUUUAACUGUUGGAUAAACUGUGUCUAGAAAUAAUCCUAGCACAUAACUCCCUCUAAAACCACCAUUUGUCCUUUUCAUAUCUCUUUGUGUAAUCAGUGAACUUUGUUGAU